AUGGGCACAACCAGGCGUGGUGCUGUCCCGCCCAGCAUGCAGAGCUUGGGGAGCAAGCCCUGCCCCAGCUUCAGGCUGCGGGAGGUGGCAUCCAUGUACUUCACCAUGAUCGCCGUGUUCCUGGUCAUCUUGGUGGUGGUCCUGCAGGGCUCAGCACCCCGCAAGAGUGAUUUUCCCUAUAAGGUGCCCCUGGAUCCCCAGGGGCUGCUCGAGCUCUCCUGGAAUGUCAGCUAUCCUGAGCAAAUUGUGCAUUUCCAGCUCCUCAUCAGGAACCUGCAGUUUGGGCUCCUCUUCGGGAUGUCGGACAGAGGCGAGUUUGAGAAUGCAGACCUGGCUGUGCUCUGGAGUGAUGGGCACAAUUCCUACUUUGGGGAUGCUUGGAGUGAUGAAGAGGGGCAGCUCCACAUGGACUCCCAGCAGGACUACCAGUUCCUCGGGUCUCGGAGAGCUCCCGAGGGGUUCUACCUCCUCCUCAGAAGACCCUUCAGCACCUGUGACCCCAGGGACUACCUUAUAGAGGAUGGCACUGUGCACCUCAUCUAUGGGAUCCUGCAGAAACCUGUCCGUUCUCUCCAAGCCAUCAACAUCUCUGCCAUCCACAGGGGGCUGCAGAGGGUGCAGCUGCUAAAGCCCAACAUCACCAUUCCUGAACUGCCCAGCAACGUGGAGACCACGGAGAUAACAGCCCCUGACAUUGUAGUUCCCAGCAAAAAGACAACCUACUGGUGUUACAUGACAAAACUCCCAGACAUCUUCCUCAAACAUCACAUCAUUGGGUAUGAGCCAGUGAUCACGGCGGGCAACGAGGCCCUGGUCCACCACAUGGAAGUCUUCCAGUGCAGUCCUGAGUUUGACAGCUUCCCCCACUACAAUGGGCCCUGCGAAUCCAAGAUGAAGCCAGAGAGGCUCAAGUACUGCAGGCACGUGCUUGCAGCCUGGGCCAUGGGAGCACAGGCUUUCUAUUACCCUGAAGAAGCAGGUGUUGCCUUUGGUGGCCCGGGGUCCUCCAGGUAUUUGCGGCUGGAGAUUCAUUACCACAAUCCCCUGGUGUUUGAAGGUCGCCGUGACUCCUCGGGCAUCCGCCUCUACCACACACCCACCCUGCGCCGCUACGACGCCGGCAUCAUGGAGCUGGGCUUGGUCUACACGCCGGUGAUGGCCAUUCCCCCGGGAGAGGAGGCUUUCAUCCUCACAGGGUACUGCACUGACAAAUGCACCCAGCAGGCUCUGCCUGCUGCCGGCAUCCGCAUCUUCGCCUCCCAGCUCCACACUCACCUGACGGGAAGGAAAGUGGUGACGGUGCUGGCCCGGGAUGGGAGAGAGCGGCAGGUCGUGAACGCCGACGGUCACUACAGCCCUCACUUCCAGGAGAUCCGCAUGCUGAAGGAGGUGGUUGCAGUUUUUCCGGGCGACGAGCUGAUCACAACUUGCACCUACAACACGGAGGACCGGAGCAAUGUCACUGUGGGUGGGCUUGGCCUCCUGGAAGAGAUGUGUGUGAACUACGUGCACUACUACCCCCAGACAGAGCUGGAACUGUGCAAAAGUGCCGUGGAUCCUGGCUACCUGCACCGAUACUUCAACCUCGUGAACAGGUUCAACGACGAGGAGGUCUGCAUGUGCCCGCAGGUCUCCGUCCCGCAGCAGUUUUCCUCCAUCCCCUGGAACAUGUUCAACAGGGAUGUGCUGAAAUCCCUCUACAGCUUUGCCCCCAUCUCGGUGCACUGCAACAAAUCCUCGGCUGUCCGGUUCCCGGGCAAGUGGGAGAAGCAGGUGCUUCCCACCAUCACCGAGAGGCUGCAGGAGCCUGUCCCUCACUGCCCACCUGCCCUGGGGCCUUGGCCUGCUGCCCCUGUGCCCCUCAAGCUGGGCAAGCCCAGGAGGGACUGA